AUGAGAACAUCAAUAGUCAUAGCUGAUGCAGCUUCAUGGUACUGUGCUAUUGUUCUUGUAGUACUCAUUUUGUUGGGUACUAUCAAAGAGAAUUCUCUUACAAAUAAACCUGUGAGAGGAAACCAGCUUCUCCAACAACCUUGCGACGAAAUAUAUGUUGUCAGAGAAGGCGAAACUCUCAACACGAUCAGCGAAAAGUGCGGCGACCCUUUUAUCGUGGAGGAGAAUCCGCAUAUCCAUGACCCGGACGAUGUUUUCCCUGGACUUGUCAUCAAGAUCACUCCUUCAAAACCUAACAAGUUGUCGCGGUAG